UUUUCUCUUUGCGCUACAAUGUAUAAUGCUGAGUCCACACUUCACUGCUAAAUGCCAACCAUUCCCCUGCAUUAGCCGAGUUCAGUCCAUAGUUGGUCCACUUUCAUCCACGAGUGCAGGUGUUCACUGGUGAAUGCAGAAACACGAUCUGUGUGAGGUGACGCAUGUUUAAACCACACCCUGAACACAAAGAAGAACCACAGCGCUGCUACACGCCCAACAGAGAGACUCGAACACCUGACGCUUCAUCCGCGAAGGACCCGAUGGCGGAGGCGGCAGACUUUAUGCGGUCUGUGUUGCCCGUUCACCGGGCUUUUUACUCGGAAGACUCUUCUUUAGCUUUACCGCAGGCGGACAAACUCGCCCUCGCAGACGCACACCGGCUGAACCGACUACAGCAACAAGUACAGCUUACUCUCUCACGGAAAAGAAAGAAAGCAAAACCGACAGAGUCCUCUCUCUCAGACAGUCUGUCCAGCUGUCAUAUUUCAAGUAGCUCAUCUUUAGGAAGUCUGCACCUGAAGCGGAUCCCCGUCAGUCAUGAAGUCACAAGGUUGUCACGGAUGGUUGAACGAUCUCGGUGGUCGAAUACCGAGCCACCUCCAUUUUACAGAGGCUAUGGAAGCUUUCGUUACAUUGCUAAAAAGCCGGCUUUCUGCUGGGGGUCUAAUUCUCUCACACUCCCCUCGGCCCCUAGAGUCAACCGUUUUCACAUGAAAACACAAACUUUACGUUACGCCCAUUCUGAGGUUCUGCGAAACCCGAGGUUCGCAGACCUGUCGGGUGUCACACAGCUCUCCAGUAACCCUGUGUAUGAGAACAAUGACAUAGAUGAUACAGAUGACGUGUUUUUACCCGACACCCCACACAAUGCUUCACAAGAGAGAAACAGGAUGGAGAUAGAGAAGCACACCCUUCAGAGGACCCUCUGCAUGCCGAGAGAGGGGGGGUUUGGUGCUCAAGAACAAUCAGAGAACGUGUCCUGGCACAGCCGCAUACGGAAGCCGAGUCUGGAGCUUGUUGCAGGAAGACGUCUCUCCCAACCUGGCUCGCUAAUCAGCAUGGAGGAGCAGUCGGGAAGCUCGAGGAUGAUAGACAAGGUGGCGGUCAAACAAAAUGCAAUGACAGGGUCAUCAAAGAAGGUCAGACAAGCUGAACUAGGUCCAGAGAUGACAUUAAAAGGGGCUGUAAAUCUUCUUGCACAAGAUAAUAUGGAAACACAAAUCACCGCAGCUAACUUCAUACAGAACCAGUGCUUUAACAGUCCAGAUGCUAAGAAAAAGAUACAUUAUCUUAAAGGCAUCCCAAAGCUACUAAAGCUCAUGCAGAGUGACAGCGAGGAGCUCCAACGGGCUGCUGUUGGUGCACUCCGAAAUAUUGUUUUUGAAAACAAUGACAACAAAAUGGCAGUCAAAGACUGUGAGGGGCUUCCGGUGAUCCUGAGACUGCUCAAGAAGAACAGAGACAUCGAGACCCGACGGCAGCUAACUGGGCUGCUGUGGAAUCUGUCUUCUCAUGACCUCCUGAAAGAGCAGCUCGCUAGAGAAGCGGUCGAACCUCUCACAGUUGGCGUGCUGGUGCCCUGCUCAGGCAUUUCUGAAGGGGAAGACCCCAAGCUGGAGCUCCUUGCUGACCCUGACAUUUUCUACAAUGCUACUGGCUGCCUGAGAAAUUUAAGUUCAGCUGGUCCAGAUGGACGUAAAGCCAUGCGGGACUGCGAGGGUCUCAUUGAGUGCCUCAUCUAUUAUAUUCGUGGUACCAUUGCAGACUACAAACCUGACGAUAAGGCCACAGAAAACUGUGUGUGCAUCCUGCACAACCUCUCUUAUCGGUUUGAUUGUGAGUUGCCUUGUGUGGAUUCACCGGUGGAACAACAGCCCAAACAAAAUCACAAUGGAGAAACUAGCAACCCCGGCUGUUUCAUCCUCAACAGUCCCAAAAAUGCUGACGAGACUCAGGGAGCAGAUGAAGUCUAUCCCUUACUCGAAGAGAACGGCAGUCCUCAUGGUGUAGAGUGGCUCUGGAGUGCCAUCACCGUUCGCAUGUAUCUCUCUCUCAUUGCGGUCAGCACAAACCAGCACACAAAGGAGGCAUCCGUUGGAGCGCUGCAGAACCUCACAGCUUCUUCUGGAGAGACAUCCCAAGCCAUCGCACACUUCAUCGUGCAAAAAGAGGGAGGCCUAUCUCAGGUGAAGAAGAUGCUACAAGAAGGAGAAAAGGAAGAGAUUAGAAUAUCUGUGUCACUGCUAAAAAACAUCUCUCGUUACCGAGAACUGCAUGCAGAUAUUGUUAAGCAAGUGUUACCAGAGCUGGUUGCCAUCCUGCCAAACUCUGACCGAAACGUUGAGCAGCCUAUAGACAUCACUGUGAUGAUCUGUCACAUUCUCAUCAAUCUGAGCCACGCGUCUAUACCGAACACUCGUGCCAUCAUAAACCAAGGAGCCUUACCCAAGAUCAUCAGCAUCAGCACUAAAGACAACGGGUUUGGACCCACACGUGCAGGCCAGGCGGCUUGUAUUUUACUUCAUACCUUAUGGAGGCAUUCAGAACUGCAUAGCAGUUUCAGAAAGGCCGGAUACAGGAAAGCUGACUUCGUAAACAACAGGACAGUGAAAGCUGUGAAUUCAUUUCGUGAUUAAUAGAAUCCAGAAUUUUUUUAUUUUUUAGGAAUAUUAAAACUGGUGCUAAUAACAGCUGUGGUGUGUUUUUGUAUAUGUGCAUUCAUUGUCUUAAUUUAAUACUUAAUAAUUUACAAUGUGUCUUAGUAAAGUCUGUCCAAUUCUAUUUAUUUUUACUAUCCUUUUAGUUUUUUACUGCCUGUGGUCUGUUUGGAUAGCGAUAUUAAAGCAUUUUCACCAACA